AAGACCCGUAAGACAAACGUUUGGGGUAGUGCUGUUUGUCCUCGCUGUCAGUCCGUAGUAGGCCUUGAAGCGAAUGAAAGCUCACAAACUACCAAAGAUCACGGGGGUCGGGGCCUGUUCCCGAGGGAGCCGUAUAUCCUCCGUCUCGGGCUCGUCAGAGUCGUGAAAGAAGAAACAGGAUUCUGCUAGUCCGUGGCAACAUCAUGUCGGCGGACACCAAAAUCGCAGAGCUUUUAACAGAGCUCCAUCAACUCAUCAAGCAGACGCAGGAGGAGCGGUCGCGCAGUGAACACAACCUGCUCAACAUCCAGAAAACACAUGAGAGGAUGCAGACUGAGAACAAGACCUCCCCUUACUACCGGACUAAGCUGAGGGGACUCUACACCACAGCCAGAGCAGACGCUGAGGCAGAGUGCAGACAAGCUGUCUUCAUCAGGGUAGCCUACACUGAUAUCCCUAUGCCCCUUGCCCUAUGGACCCUUGAAGUGUCCACUGAUCUGAUAUGUAUUCUUCGUCAUGCUCUCGACAAAAUUGCAGAGAUCAAAUCCUUAUUGGAGGAGAGGCGAAUAGCGGCUAAGAUGGCAGGGGUGAACAGCGACAAUGACCCCCCCAGGAAGACCAUGCGGAGGGGGGUGCUGAUGACACUGCUCCAACAGUCAGCCAUGACGCUCCCGCUGUGGAUUGGCAAGCCAGGAGACAGUCCUCCUCCCCUGUGUGGGGCGAUGCCAGCCAACAGUGACUAUGUGGCCAAGCAAGGGGACAAGGUGGCAGCGCGGGUCAAGGCCGUGGACGGAGACGAACAGUGGAUCCUGGCCGAGGUGGUCAGCUACAGCCACUCCACCAACAAGUACGAAGUGGAUGACAUUGAUGAGGAAGGAAAAGAGAGACACACCCUGAGCAGGCGGCGUAUCAUCCCCCUGCCCCAGUGGAAGGCCAACCCAGAGACGGACCCGGAGGCCCUGUUCAGUAAAGACCAGCUGGUGCUGGCCCUCUACCCCCAGACCACCUGCUUCUACAGAGCCCUCAUCCACACACACCCACACCGGCCCCAGGACGACUACUCAGUGCUGUUUGAGGACACGUCGUACGCAGACGGCUACUCCCCGCCCCUCAACGUAGCUCAGAGAUACGUGGUGGCCUGCAAAGAGAACAAAAAGAAGUAAAGAAGAGACAAGAAUAUACUGUAUUUUGUCAGACUUGACAAGUACACUGUGUAGACAAGUGUUCCUAGACAAGUGUUUCCAACCACCCCCUCCCCAGAAUAACAAUGGAUUCCAUACCUUAACCACACGUAUGGACACACUGAGGGCGGGUUUCCAAUAAAAUAACAUCAAAUCAAA